AUGCGUUUGCACAGGUACACGCAUCUUCCACGCACCACACCCUGCCUCUCGCCCCCCUCAAGGCCGCUCAAUGGCCUCUCAACGCAACGCACCACACCUUCGUGGGCGUUCUCCAACCAAUCCCACGCGUCUUGUGCUCAGCAUAAAAGGCACUUCGUCGCACCCUCACCUUACCCUACAACUCUUCAGCGAGUGAUGGAGACUGUGAACUAUUCGGAUGAAACUGCAGGCGCAUCUCUGAGGCAGAAGUUCUGCCUCUUUCGCGAACUCAGCAAGCUGGUUGAUCUACGCACCACAGCGGUGAAGUCGCACUCCAAUGGAGGCAAUUUCCUAAAGAGUAAUUGCGCACUUUUCUCCAUUGUCGAGGCUGCCAUCAGCUACGCAUACACCGGCAGCAUCGCGAUUUCUGCAGCAAAUGUGACGCGCAUCUACCUGCUGGCGCACAGCCUCGGCUCCACCACCAUCGUCGAGUGGUGUGUGGAUUUCCUACGAACGAGGACUUGCCUAGACAACGUGGCCGAGGUGUGGUCAGUUGCCAAUGCGACGGUGAAUCGUGAGUUGGUGGAAUUGCACUUUGAAAUUUCAUGUUUGCGAGGUGAAACGCUGAUGCAGACGACAGCGCGGCACUUCGAGGUGCUGCUGGAGAAGAUUUGCCAGGGAGGUGUGAGUGAGGAAACCAAGUUUCAAGCGAUUUCUAAAUGGCUGGAUGGAGGACGCAAGGGGUGUGAUGCGGCGGAAAGGGCGGACUUGUCCAAACUAUCUCCAGUGAGCCAAACGGAGUUUUGGAAAUUUGUGAGGAAAUAUUCCGAAUGGAUCGCGUCGACGCCCCACUCAGCCUCCAACCGUCCACCACGUUGCAAGGAGGUGCUCAUGAUCACCGGACGGGAUACAACCUCGGAAUCGUGGAUUUUGAAGUCUGUGCCACAGUUGCAACCGGACAAAGCGUUUAAUGUUGAAGUUCCAGGCCAUAAAGCAUCGACUGUGCUGAAUGGCAAUUGUUAUGCCUUUAAUCAUAGUAAUCCAGCAGGUCCUUUGUGGUCCGUGAAUUACCGAAAUGGCUGCAUUACCGAAUUCCCCUUCAAAGGGCAGCAACGCUCGUGGUAUUCUGUCGCGGCGAGAAAUGAAUCAAUCUUCAUUUUUGGCGGCCACACAAGAAGUUUAUUAGAACAUAACUGUGUUCCAACUUGCGAAAGAGUGGACACCGCCACCGGCGAGUUCACUCUCCUCCCAGAUAUGCCAUCAGCGCGUCGGAGUACCUCGGCCUUAAACAUCCCAGACAUCGGAAUCCUCGUUGUUGGUGGACAGAAAAGGGAAGAGCGUUUAAAAUCUGCUGAAAUGUUGGUAGAAGAUCCCUCGGGUGAGAGUGGAUGGCGAUGGAUUGAGCUCAACCCGAUGUUAGAGGCACGCAACGAGCCAGGAAUCGCCUACUUCAAUGGAUGCGUGGUGGUUGCUGGAGGGCAAGAGGGGCAACCAAAGAUCACCGUUGAAUGCCUUCGCCUAACGUUCGUUGAACAUCCCACAGCUCCUCAGUGGACUCGCCUUCAUGAAAGCUUUCGUUGCAGCACUUUGGAGGAGCAAAACACUCAGUGGACUCUAACUUCAAUUUUCUCAUUUUCUCUUGCAACAUCCGGCUGGCUUCGAGGCGAUGCGCAUGAAUUGUUGCCCACCGGAGGGGACACCUCACUGGCCAAUUCGACGUGGAAGCGACUGUUUCGGGUGGACAAUUUGCGACGUGCAAGGAUUGUGGUCACAAGUGAACGGCUGGACGGAAGCUAA